GCGCGUGCAACGUGACUCACCGACGGCUGGACGGCUGAAAUUCAAACUCGGUCGGUGUGCCCCCGCGGCGCGCUGCGGUGAUCACCAGGCAUCUGGACCAACGGACCGGACCAACGGCACAGUGGGCACGAGACGCGUCACGAGUGGACCGGUGAUCGCGGACGGUGAACUAAUUCGCUGCGAUUUCGGAUCGGUGAAACGUUGGACCGGCAGCCAGGCGAGUCGGUGACACGCCGAGGGUUUGGUGCGUAGGCCGGUGAAACGUCAAGGACGUCAUCACUGCAGGGCUGUGGCUUACGUGGAACGAUCGCUGCGAGGUUGUGGCGCACGCGGAACAAUCGCUGCGAGUUUGUGGUGCGCGUGGAACGAUCGCGGCGAGUUUACAGCGCACGCAGAACAAUCGCUGCGAGUUUGUGACCGCACGCGAAACAAUCGCUGCGGGUUUGUGGUGCGAGUGGAACCAUCGCUGCGAGUUUACAGCGCACGCGGAACAAUCGCUGCGAGUUUGUGACCGCACGUGGAACAAUCGCUGCAAGUUUGUGGUGCACGUGGAACAAUCGUUACGAGUUUGUGGUGCGCGUGGAACAAUCGCUGCGUGUGGCGCACGUAAAGCGAUCCCUGUAACUGCACAACCGACGUGAAACUGCUGCUGCUUAUUUGCAAUCCACGUUAAGUGUUCACCGGGAUUCUGCGACAGUAUCAACUGAAUGAGUGAAACAAACAGUGGAAAGCGAUAAAUCUUCAGUGCUUACGCUACAGAGAACACCAUGGGAAGAUCGUGGUGGAAAUUUUGGCAACGGAAGAAACCGAAGAAGGAGCAGCCCAACAUCAACAUAUGGAGCGAGCUCGAUGCAGCAGCCAGGGACCUGCAGGACCGGCCGGCCGGCGACGGACCCUGCCCGCCGGAGCCCGAGGCCACGCAGCAGAUGCAGCUCCUGCUCAAAGAGGCGGUGUACGGGUGCCGAGCACGCGCCGUCCGAGACCACAGGGACGCCAGUGACCCGCAGUCGCUCAGCUUCAGCCGGGGUGACGUCAUCACGGUGCUGCAGCAGAGUCGCACCGGCCGGUGGCGAGGCGUCAUUCUGCAGAGUAACUACACGUCCCGCACCGGCAGCUUCCCAUCCAGCGCCGUCGUCCUGCUAGAGAGACCAGAGGCGGUGUACGGGUGCCGAGCACGCGCCGUCCGAGACCACAGGGACGCCAGUGACCCGCAGUCGCUCAGCUUCAGCCGGGGUGACGUCAUCACGGUGCUGCAGCAGAGUCGCACCGGCCGGUGGCGAGGCGUCAUUCUGCAGAGCAACUACACGUCCCGCACCGGCAGCUUCCCAUCCAGCGCCGUCGUCCUGCUAGAGAGACCAGGUGAGUGUGAGCUGAGCGGACGGGUCGGGACGGGCGGCCGAUGACGCUGCCGGACCGGUGAGUGGCAUAAGCC